CAGCGACAACAUCAUGAGCCGACACAGCAAACACCGCGACAUGCUCUAUCCUUCUCGUUAAUCCUCGAAAUAUCUGCUCCCUUCCCCUGCCGGAAUUGCAAGAGAAUACAGCAUCAGAAUUGCGAGACAAGACAGAAUGUUCACUCCCACCACCCACCACCCCAUGGCGGGGUCGUUCGCCUCUGUGGACAUCACACCAGCCAUCAGCCUCACCGGCGACCUGCCCCAAGGCUUGCCAGCAGAUAUUCUGUGUGUUGUCGGUCCAGAUCUGGCCCAUCAUCUUCUUUUCACUUUGGCGUCGGAGAAAGGCCUGCCGCAAAGGAAAAGCAUUGAUGUCACGGCUUGCGCGGAGGGCGAGCAGGGGGUUCACCAGAUCGCGAGAAAUAUCCUCCUCUUUACCCUCGCCCUUGACUCCAAAAUCACCGCUGAGCAGGCCUGGAACAUCUAUUACGAUGCCUGGCUGACCCCUUCCAACCUCACCGCCCUCCAGACCCAGGCCCAGAAGCUCUUUGACCUUGCAUCCUCCCUCGACGCCUGGUAUGCUGGCCCAUACAGCCAACUCCGCUUUUGCGAUUCUGGGACCCUCGAAUUCGUGAAAGACGUUUGGUCGAAAUACACCACAUCCGAAGCAACCGAAAAUUUCGACACCAUCCUGGAACGCUCCCAAAAACGCAAGGAAGAAACAUAUGGUGAAGAAGGGCAGGCAGUCGUCACUUCCAGCGUGAGAUCUUGCGCGCCACUGUCAGUAGGCGGGCUGGUGGAAGCGCUGACUGAGCUUACCGAGGAAAACUGGCAAGCGACCGUUAAGAAGCAGGAUGAGAAGAAACCAAACCCAGUGUUUGCUGCCGCUUUGGCAGCUAGCGAUGAGAACCAGAGACGAGUGCUGGAAUACCCCACCGAUCCACUGGUCGGCUUCCAUCUUGCCUCCGCCAACGCCCCGUUGACGCCACUGUCGCCAUAUAGAAUCGAGAAUGUGGAUAAGAAGGACAUCAAGGAUAGGAUUGUCGAGACAGCGAGGAUGCAGUGGGGUGAUUGGUUGGAGGCAUUCAGAGAGGCGGUUGGGGAGAAGAGGGCCACGGUCAGGUUUGCGGCGGCCGACUUUUUCUCAUUGUGCUGGACGUUGAAGAGAAACAAGGAUUGUGGAGAGUUAGAGGCGUGUUGGCAUAGGAGAGAGGUUAGGUUUGACAUUUUGGUCUUGGACGAGAAGGAGUAUGCAAAGGGAGAGGCGCCGAAUGAGUUUGACGUUGUUGACACGGGAGUUUUGGGGGAUGAGAAGGGGGUGUUGAAUGUGCUUGUUGCUGGGUUGGUGUUGUUGAAGAGGGUGCCUUCGUCGACGAUAUAUACGGAGUGUUGUGCGAAGGAUUAUGAGGCUAUUUUGGAGGGGUACACGUCAGCGUUUUCGGUUUUGUUGGGGGUGAGCCCGGGGGAGUAUUGGACUAACUCGACGAGUGUGGCGGUUGUGGAUGAGGUGUUGGCUACGUUCAGUGAGAGGUAUGCUGAUGACGAGAGACCGAGGGGCAUUCAAUCGAGGCUGGCGUGGAAGUGGAAUUCUUUGCAGGUUAAGGGGCAGAGGGACCAGUUGACUAUGGAAGCGAGGGAUUUGAUCAUGUUCUUUGAAGGGGUGUUUGGUAGGAUCUUCAAGGCUUAUGAGUCGAGCCAGGACAACAGCAAGAGAAGAGGGCCACAUCAUCAUUUCCACUUCAAUACUGCUGCAGCUAUCCUCAAGGUUCUCUGCGAAAGACUGUGCUUGGACUUUCGCAGGGUGUUGGAUUCAUAUGAAACGUUGCCUGCGGACUUUCGUGCCGGGACUUUGGAACCUCACAUCAAGGGAUGGGGCAUUUGCGGUGUGCCUGAACCGUCAGGGAACCCCGCAUAUACGGGGGAUUUUCUGUUUGGUGAGCUGGCUUUGAAGUUGAACAAGAAGCUUGACUCUGCGGCGAUUACGUUUACUGUGCCGGCGGAGAAGUGGAAGCCGGUAGCCCAGUGUUCCAGAGACGAAGGCAUUCCUCUGCCUCUGAAGGUCACAAUCCCGGAAGCCGGGAUCGAGUACACGAACUACCAGCUAGCGUUCGGCUCUAUCACCAAGUUCAACUCGCCUGACCAGGAUGGCGUCCCAGGCAAAGUGGAUGAAGACAAAGAAGAAUGGUCCGGGUCUUCUGAUAUAGUGGUGUCGCUAUAUGUCCCUAUGGAGAAAUUGGCGGGCUUCCAACAAUCCAAACAGAGUGUGGCGCUGUGCACUGCAGACCCUUUCUACAACCGAUUGGCGUACAAGACGGUGCUGGGCAAUCCUCAAUGCGAAAUUCACCGAGUACCCAUCGAUAGUGUACUCGUCACACAUGUACUUCCUGGGCAGUGGCUCCUCGAAAAUGAGACGGUAUCGGUUGAGUCAGCGACCAAGAAGCUUGGCGAAUCAGAGGUGACUUCGACGACUCCAUGGUUUACAGCUAAGCUGGAUGAAAAUGCUGUGGAUGCCAAGGCGGAUGUUGUCUUGCAGAUCAUCGGGCACAUCGAUAUCACCUCGGAUGAAGGGCGUAGCUUGUUGUCGGACAAGUCAGUGCCCAUCAAGAUGGAGCAAGUCUCGCCCUUCACCAUUGAAGUGGUCUUUGGCGCCCGGAAGUUGGUCUUGCCCAUGAUCUUCACAGUUCCUGUCUCCAAGGAGAAGUGUGCCCUAAGAGUGGCACGCAAGUCACACUAUGUUGAGGUGGUUUCUUCUUUGGUGAAGCCGUUGGAUGUGCCCCAACUUGACACGCACAUCCUGCCGUCGACAGCGAUUCAGCCAUCUGGGAUCCCGGCUACGCUCAACAUCCCACACCUUAACCUUGACAACCUUCCCAUUCUGUCAAUCGACGAAGAUGAGGAUGAGGAUCCCCGGAUCAAGUUUUUGACCACCCUCACCUCCCUCGUCUUCUCGGGACGUGAGCGCCGUCUCCGAGAGGAGGUCAACGCACAAGACGACAACUACACCGGUCUCGGCCCUUCCCCUCGUCUCAACUUCAAGGAGUCCCUCUUCACCAUAUUUAUGCUCUCCUCUGGUCUUCAAGGAGGACAAACAGGACUCUUUGCCAUUUCGGACCCCAAGAAUGGCGGCAUUCACAUGCUGCUCUUUGUCAACGCCAUCCGCCUUGACUGUCCCCAUGCCACGGUCGUCUUGGAUGCUGCUAUUCUUCCUUUCACAAAGGCUUUGGUUGACAGCAAGGAGCUAGAGGGCUUUUUGCUGUUGAUCAGAACUUUGGAAUGCUGCACCAUCACCGUUGAUGACGAAGAGCUCAAGAUGUGGAAGAAGGCUUUGCCUGCCUUUGUUGAGAGGUGCAGAACUUGGGAACAUAACCCCAAGACGUGUGAGUAUGUUACUGCCUCGGGGGAGAAAGGGCAAAAGACUGUUCCGUUGAGCUUGAAGGAGGGGGAGCAGGUUAUUUGCUCUUGUGGUCAGGGGAAGUUGCCUUCGGAUUUCAUCCCGCUGCCGGAGUGGGAUGAGACUGCUGCAAUGUAUUCUACUAGGGUGGCGAUCAGCCCAGUUUAUGCUUCGCAGUUGGUGGAGGAUAUCAUUGACCCGGCACUGGCGAGAGGGUUGGCGGGGGGUGGUGAGAAGAGGGUGGCGGGUUGCAGGGCGUGUGGGAAGGCGGAGGAUGAGGAGGAGGGGGUGGCGUUGAAGAAGUGUGGGAGGUGUUUGAAGGUCAGGUAUUGCAGUGGGGAGUGCCAGAAGAGGGAUUGGAGGAAGCAUCGGAUGGAGUGUGAGGAGGCUGAGGAGCAUCACCGGAAGUAGAGCAAGGUGUAAAGAACUUUAGGGGGCUAAAUGAUCAAUCGAUGGUCUAAUGUAGCCGUCUCAAGUCCCGUUCCUCCGACCCAACCAGGCUGAUUCUCCGAAUCUCGUCAACAAAUCUCGAUGAUCUUGGCCUCGUCAGCCUUCAACUCCAGCAAUUCGUCCUCGCCGUGUCCAAAUGCCCGAAUAGCAGGCCUCCCCCCGGGAAUGCACUCGAAGAACUGCACCUUUCUGCCAAUUGUGACGGCCCCAAAGCGCGCAAUGUUGGCGGCAUCAUGCAGUUGCUCAUCCACCACAUGCAACCACCCCCACGCACGAGAGACGUGAUCCUCCAGCUGAGAUCUCCAGUUCGACCAAACAGACUCUUUCAAUGAUUGCCCCUCAGUUGGAUCCAGCGGCUUCGCAUUCAACAGGACGGUCCCGAGACCACGGUUGCCAUCAAAGAGGACGCGCACUCACGAUGUCGUCGUAGAGCUCGAUGAACAGACUACGCGCCGUAUACGGAGUUACAAAUAAAGUUAGUGGUGAACUGUCUGUAAUAAUAAGCAGAUACACUUACACUCUUUAGAACUAGUCCGGAAGGCAUUUUGAUUGAAUGUCUCGGGUAUCUGUCGGCUUUGUUUGUUGGAGAGAGAAGAUUGGGUUGGAGGAGGUUGUUUGGAGAAGGGGACCAGAUGGAGAGAGAAGAGGGGAAUUGAAAAUUGAAAGGAAAGGAUGGAUGAGAAGUUCGUAGAGUGGCGGGGUAGUAGAAUAGGCGGGGAAUAAUAAGGCGGAGAAUACUAAGGCAGAGAGAGCAAGGUGGGAAGAACAAGGCAGAGAGUGAAGCCAGGGUUGGAAGGAGCUGAUCUGAUGUUAGUGUAGGGAGGGGCGGAAUCCGAUGACAGUAUUGGAAGGGGCGGAAUUUCUGGGGAGAGAUCGGAGCUUUCAUCUAAUGCCAUGACGCUACCAGAUAUUAAUGCGGCUACAGUUAGUUACCUAGAUCAGAGGAUACGGACCUGACAGUAGGGCUACACCAUAGCUUACCAUCAAUUGACCAUUUAACAUCUUAAA